CCCGGCAUUAAUAGGCCGAAGGCGAAUGAAAUUUUGUUGGAUCCAUUACAAGUCAAAGCUAAAGGUUCGGGGGCUAAAAAAUCUAAAAGGAAGAAAGGAGAACCACGACAGUGUAGCAAUUGCGGUGAAUUUGGCCACUAUAGGACCCGAUGCCCACAUCCUGUUGGCUAUGUGAAGCCAACCUCAAACGGUGAUGCCCCGAAUGAUGGUGUUUCGGAAGAAGGUGGCGGUGGCGAUGACACCGAUGUUGAUCCUCCCAGCACUCAAGAUCAGUCGGAAACAGUACAGAAGAGAAGGCAAAAGCAUUGCAGUAAGUGCGGUUCUACCAAGCAUAAUGCAAGAACGUGUACUGGGUCUGGGCCAUCCGAUGAUGAAAAUGACGAUGAUGAAAAUGACGAUGACGACGAUUAUGAGCAACCUAGGAAGAGGCCUGUUACAAGAAGUAGCAAACUAAGGAUUGUUGAAAACUUGGAGUGAAGAUGGACGUCCUUAUCCUAUUCGGAUUAGGACUAAUGGACUAUGUGAAGACUGCCAGUAUCAGCUUGAAGCGGCGUCGUUUGAUUUAUAAGAAGACUGUUGCCGUCUGCGGUGUCGUUUUACUUGUGUGUCGUUUUAUUUAUGUGUCUCUUUGGUCUAUAAGAAGACUACUGCCUGCUACGGUGUCGUUUUAUUUAGUUCGGAUGGAUUUGAUUGAAGUCGAUAUGGAGGUUGCUCCCUAAAUAAAUCAUGUGC